UAAAUAUUUGUGUCUUUAAAGAGUGAAAGUUUCAAUUAAAAAGAAUAUGGGUUUCUUUCAAACUAUAAACAAGUGCUUGCUUCUAUUGUUAUUGUUGUGUACUUUUUUUGGUGCUUCCGCUCGUGCUUCAAUCUUUUUCUCAGAUGAAAAAGGAAUAAGAGUGACGAAGCCAAGAGCAAGAAUGUUGAGGAUGUAUUACAUUGAUGAUUAUGGCAAUCCACAGGCUAACAGCGGACAUGAUCCUGGCAAUCGCAUGGGCAGCGGUGGUCGACAUGGCAGAAGACGAUCAAAUCGUCCCUAAACUUUUUAUUAAUAUUAUUAUUAGUAUUAAUAACUUGAUUCCCUUCUGAACUUUUAAUUAAUUAAGAUUAAGAUAAUAAAGUUGUUUAUUUUAUUUUAUAUAAUGUUUGCUUAAUUAAUCAUAUAUGUAAUAUGUACGUAGCUGGUUGACUAAUUAGCUAAUAGUUAAAUCCUAGCAAUGUGAUAAUGUAUGACGUGAUGUAGCAGUUUAUGUUGAGAGAACUCAUCUUAUUUGGGUAUAUAUUAUUAUAUAGUCAAACUUGUUG